UUUAUAAAAGCUUCACACACUUUUUCCAUGGUCAUGGACCCAGAAAUUUUGGAUAAUGAUGAAUAUUUACAUAUUUCACCUAUCGAUGUAAUUCAUCUAGGCACUAUGAAACGGAUUGGAGCUGCUUGCAUAGUAUUUUACAUUAGGAUCUUACAUGAAAAGUUGGUGAAGGCAAAUCGAGCACAAUAUUUUCGUUUCUUUCAUCCAAUUUUAGCUUUGGAUUCAUGUCAAGCACAAAAUGCAAUGACAAUGGCAGAUCGCAUGGAAGGAACAGAAGCGGGACAAUUUUGGUUGCUUUCUGUUAAUACUGGAGACCAUUGGAUGCUAGCAAUUAUUGAUGUAUUGCGUGAAACAUGUUAUUGGCUUGACUCAAUUGGAUUACCCCCGCCUAAUAAAAUUAAAUCUCUAAUGGCAAUGACUUUUGAUUACUACAAUGCUUCCACUAAUAGGCAGCCAAAAAAGUCUGGCAUUACAUGGAAAUCUAUAAAAUGUCCUCAACAAAUAUCGGAUUUUGAGUGUGGAUAUUAUGUAAUGAGAUACAUGCGUGAAUUUUGCAUGAAUUCUAGACCUAUCAAUUGGCUAACCACUCAAUGGAAUGGGAAAAAAACUUAUACAAAACAAGAAAUUGAUGAAAUUCGUUUGGAAUGGGCUGACCAAUUUUUAGAAGAAAUUACAGAAGAUAGAGUGCUUUAA